AUGAUGGCUACCUACGAAAAUUGGUCAGGUCGACGAAAAGGUAAACAUGGUGGCGAUUUAUAUAGGUUAGACACUAAAAAUAAAUCACCUGAAGAGAAUAUUAAAGAAAUUAUUCAAGGUUUAUACUUGCGGAAACCAUUCCAUAAUGAUACUUCACCUACAAAUAAAAAUUUACCCUUAGAAGUCAAGACAGGGUGUAGGAAUCUGCAGAAAAAUGGUUCUGAUUCUUAUAGACUUUCCUGUUUAAAUGCUUUAGUUAUACUGUUGUCUAAAGAAGAUAGAACUAACUUAGGAUUUUCAAGUGAUGAAUUGAUGACUUGCAUACGCAGUAGCCUGGUGGAUGAGUCUAUGGUCAUUAGGGCUGCAGCAUUAAGAGUUUUGCGGUAUCUAAUAAAAACUGAAAGUGAUGUAGCUACAUUCAAUAUUUUGAAAUUACCACAUAUAGUCACAAGGUCUAUGGACUUAAUGCUACGAAAUGAAGAAGAACGUGCCCAAGCCUUACGAGUGGUUAGAAGAGUAAUUGCUGUAGUGGGUGCACUAGAACAACCGUUAAGAUAUCAUAGGGCAGCUUAUAUAGAUCAAGGCUUACUGCGGUGCCUAACAGCCGUUGCUCGUGCAGGAAGUGCUGGUGAUGGUACAGGGGACCGAUUGUCUAGACCAGCCAUAGCUACCUUGGCAGAGAUUUGUGUAUUAAAUCCAGACUUGUUCAUCUCAUGUGGUGGUGUAAAUGCUGUGACAAGGCAAUUGGCAGAAUGUGCAACUCCACGCAUGGCUGAAGCACUAUGUGGGGUUUUGCUUCAUACUCUCAAUGAGCCUGGCUCACGUCGGGCCGCGAGAAUCGAUUUGACAUGCCUAAAUUCGCCAUAUUGUGACUUUCACUUUCGCCCUGCUGGAACUGAUACUAACAGAGAUGAGCGCGAGAUGCGGUUCACUUGUAGUAGGCUGGCGCUUUUGUGCGUUCUUCGAAGUUGGCCAGGCUUAUUGCACUUCUGCCAUCCCUACAGUAAGGGUGGAUUGCGCGCGUUGGUCGCUGCUCUAUAUUUGCCACGGUUAGAGGUCCGAAAAGCCAUUUUGGACUUAUUAUAUGAGUUAGUUGGAUUACCACAACCUGAAUGGACAGACGAGAUUUCCGUGGCCUUGGAUGCCGUUGACCCGUCGGAUUUUCAGGACUCGUGGCGUCUGAACGAAGGUUUCGUGGCAGCUGAAGGCACUGCUAUCCUACCUCACCUUAGUUCAACUGGGCCUGAUAUAAUUGAAAUUCACCUCGCCCUAUUGCUCCAGUGUUUUCUAGAGGCUGGACUGUUGGACGGGUUGGCCGAAGUGAUCGUGACGAGCGACACGUUCAUAUCUGUCCGCGCGACCGUGCUGCUGGGCCAGUUGUUGCAUUUGAUACACCUGUUCCUGCCGCCGCAAAUAUGCAACUCGACGCCGGCGCUGCCCUCGCUGAUGUCGCAGGCAUCGGCGGGGAAGCCCCAGGCGCUGGCGGCGGUCGCGGCCCUGAGGCGGCUGCACUCGAUGCUGGAGGCGAGGCCGGCGAGCAGCAGCCUGUUCCUGGACCACAUUAUACAGUACUGCAGCGGUGCGUUCCGCGCCAGGGCCGAGGACGCGACCAAGAGCCGAAAAGAGAAGGACAACGCGAAUAUGGCCAAGCCGAGCCACGAGAUGGCGCGCGGCGGCGGCAGCGUCGAGUUCCUCAACGAGUCGGACAGCGACGGUGAGCCGAAGCAGCGGCACAGCGUCGGCUCCCGCGCCGAAGUCGGCAGCAGGAACGUGAGCGCGCUGGUGAAGAGCAAGAGCGUCACAUCGCGGACCCCUAGCAGGGUCUCCAAGUCGGCGAAGUUUUUCAGCCUGUUCGAGCGCGACAGCGACAGCUGGAUCCGCUCCACGCUGGUGAUGCAAAGCAAGGACGGAAAAACCUGGGACUGGGAGAUCAUUCGCACCAUACUCAAGGAAACGGACGGCGCGCCCCUAUUGAAUUUGAACGACAGCGGCCAUAAAGCGUGGGCGAGCCGCAUCAUAAGCUACCUGAAGCCAUCGUCUAAUAAGUAUUCGCACGCGGACCUUUCGACCACCUGCAACGGCCACUCCGCCACGCGGGCCGGCUGCCAACUGAUCAGACAUUUGCUUCGUCAUAACGACACUGAUUCACAGAAGUUGUUGGAGGAGUUAUUCACGGAUGUCAGUCGGCAGAUCGAAGCCAUUGAAACCGGUAAAAAGGCACAUGAGUGCCUGUUCAGUCCUCAACACAUGUGCAACACAAUGUGCCAAAUGUACUUCCUGUUUAUUGGACAAUUAUGCCAUUCACAUGUUGGCCUAAAACUCUUCAAGCAAACAGGACUUUACAAUAAUCUCCUGGAGCUAUCGACAAAGACUCACCACAGUUGUUACGUGAAGCUGGUCAUAUCCAGCCUGGACUACACAAUGGAUUCCAGUCCGCGCGACAUACUAGCCAAAACCCUCACGUGCAGCAUCCAGGCGUCCAGACUGUACGCGACCCAGUUCCUGAACGUACUCCUGCGGGCGUCCAGAAGCUCGCGCGAGCUGGUCCGAAAGAAGUCCAAGCUCAAAAAGAACUACACGCAGGACCAGUGGAGGCACAUUUAUAGAGAUGACGUUGACGGGACCAACGCCGUCGACAUGGACACUUGGUUACUCCAAAUGCUGGUCGGCCAGGUGAAGGACGAAUCCAAGAAGGUCGUGAAAUGCGCUUUGUCGAUUUUGGAGGAGGCUUAUAGUGUGCCGGCCUUCCUAGAGAAACUUAUGACGAUAAAAGACACCUUCGGCCAGAAUUGUCGUCUGGAUAGGAACGUGGAUCCCUCGACCUUAGACUUCAGCGUUGUAGGCGACAGAUGCUAUUUGUUAUGGUUGGGACUGGAAAUCGCCGCUACUGCCCAAUCAACUGAUUCAAAAUCUAUAGCAUUUCUGAAGAAACAUUUGGAUUUUUGGACUAAAUCGUAUAAUUAUCGAUAUGUGCGGCUAGUGGAGGCGGGCGUGCACGAGGCUCUAACGCUGUGCGACGGAGCGCGGCGGCCUCGCGCGGCACGCCGCUCGGCGCGCCCCCCGCCGCACAUGCUCGCCGCGCUCGCCGCACUCGCCGCGCCCGCGCGCGCUCUUCUCGCCGCCGCGCUGCCCGCCCACUACAAGGUACUGCAGGGCAAGAAGUGCGCGACCGAGCAGGAGAUAGUGGAGCUGAAGGCGUCGCUGUGGGCGGUGGGCAACGCGGCGCUCACCAGCCAGGGUCUGCAGCAGCUGAUGGGCCUCAGCGGCGGGUACCUCGAGGAGUCCGUCCCCGUGCACGUGGUGCGGCUCGCCAAGCACUGCCCGGUGUACGCGGUGCGCGCCACGGCCUUCUACGCGCUCGGCCUCAUCGGCAGCACCUACGAGGGCGCGAACCUACUCGCCGAUCUGGGCUGGCUGUGCGUGAGGCACACGCGCCAGGACCAGUUCCCGAUAAUACCGGACGAGGGCCUCCCGCCGCCCGCGGGCCCCGCGAGGAACGCGAGCUACUACAUCACGUCACCCGAGCGCCGCUACGCGUUCGACAUGGACCUGAGCGAGCACUCGGACCACACCGACCAGAGCACCGCGGAGAGCGUGCACUCGGAGGGGGCGCGGCUCGCGAACAAGCUCGUCGAGCACGACGCCGAGCACAGGGCGUGCUACGCGGACAAGCGCAAGUCGCACACGCUGCCCACGCAGGGCUACGCCGCUACGCACGACCGACCCGCGCUCACCGAGUCGCGGACGGUGGACAUUCUGCGCGACUGCUCCGGCUACGAGCGGCCCGCUACGGGCCGACCGCACGUGGAGAGCAGGCUGCUGCUCGGCAGGAUGAACUCGCUCGAGCACGCGCACGAGGGCCGCGUGAGGAACACCAGCGAAUCGAGCACCAGCGGGGUGAGCAGCUGCGACUCGGUGCUCGGAAAGUACGCCAUACCUGAUAGAAUAUUGACGCUUAGUCCCAUACCAAGUUCCUCAAGUCUGUACGGUAUGAAAAGCAGCAGCAGCUCGCAACGUCCAAGACUAUCAGAGUCCCAGCGCAGAACUUCCACCUCAAGUUUCUCAACAUCUGAAGUGGCUAGUUCACCACCUACGCAGAUGGACAUGUCCGGUUAUGCUACUCUCAAGUCAAUAAACAAACAUAGAAGACCUCAUUUGUCGGAAAGCGCUGCGUCUGGGUCCAGUGAUAUUGACGACUUGAAUUGGAUCCUCUCCGAUUGGAACCGCCGGUCGAAGCCAUUUUCGUCACUAAGGGACAGAGCAAAAUCUACUAGGGAAAGGAUGACUAAACUAAGCCUGUUGGAGUACGACUGGAAGCUGCUGCCGUUCGCCGAGAGCGCCAGGGCUUCGCCCCCGCCGCCGCCCCGGGAGCGCCGCUCGCCCGCGCAGCCCCACACGCCCCACGGACCCCACCACCCACACCCACACCCACACCCCCCUCAACCCCCACACCCUCCGCACUCCGCGCACCCAUCGCACUUGCCGCAGCCCCCGCCCUAUAUCGGCAUCUGUCUGCCCAGAGAUCUCAUGGAACUGUUUCCGAGAGAAGAAGAUGACAAAGAGAGCGCCGAAGCCAUUGAAAGCUACCGUAGUGCUCACUUUGUUCGCAGCAGGGUCAACUUGUUUCCAGCGGAAGCGAGUUCGGAGCAUAAGUUAAGACCAACACUCGAUCAGCAUACCGUCGCGCAUAAAGAAUUUACCGCGAUGCCGUCCACAUCGUUUAACAAGAGCGAACAAAUCACGAUCGCGGCUCACCACCAUAUAGGCGAUAAUAUAAAUUUCUUCCUUCCCGACGACAACGCGAAAGACGCCAGAUCAGACGACAGCUCCACGGCGAAAAUCGAUCCGGGAUACGACACCGAGAAAUCGAACGAUUACGGGUAUCCAAAUAAACGGGACAUUCCCGACGCAAACGUCCCGUCCGGGGAAUAUCGCGAGGAGUGUACGACGAAAGCGGAAAUCGUGGACAUCGCAGCGAUAUUGUCGGUCGACGCCGCCCCGAAAGCCGCCUUUUCGCCGGAUCACGUUGACGGCGAAAUCUUUAACGUUUUGCCGACGAGCGGUGGUGUGGAUUUCGACGUUGGUGGCAUGAGAAAUAAGGUCGAAACGAAAGUGGCGGACACCGAGAGAGUUGCGGGAAAAGUAGAACAGACCAUCGGCGCCACAAACUCGGUGACGUUCUCUGGGAAAGUUGAGGCCACCAGAGGGCGUUGGAGGCAUUCAACCAGCGACUGUUUGGCGUGCGUGCAAACACGGCCUCCGUCCUCCCACGAGCUGCGCGAAGCGUUUUUCGCUGCCAUGGACAUAGGAGGAGGCAAUAAUACAGAAAUACGAAGUAGAACAUGCAGUUUGUCUAGUGAAACAAUAUCACCACAGGCUGAAGUCCUUCAUCAUGUGCACUUUAUGUCUAAUCCAAUACAUUUAAGACAAGCACGUUCUACAUUGAUUUCGUUGAAGCAGCGCUAUCCGGAAGUUUUUCGCUGUCCAUGCGUUUAUUCUGAUGUAUGCGCUUUGUUGGCGAGGGACACAUAUAUGCUGUGCGCGCGGCGUUUCCUACAGGAGUUGUUCUUAGAUGUCAGUUUCGACUGUUUCACCAGCGAACCAACAAAGAUUCUCUCCCGUCACGGAACCAUACUAUCGCCCACUUUAAUGAAACAACAA